GAGUGUUGCGGUUGUUAAUCCGUUGCAAAUUCCUUCUCCCUGUUUACAAAAACCAACCACACUCCCUCCAUUUUCCCAAUCAAAACUCCCCAAAAUUCCAAACAGCUUCCAAGAAAUCAAAUAAUCCCACAAAUCCCAAAACCCAAUUCCUCCGCCGGCCACCAUGAACCACCACCACCACCACCAGAUUCCAUCCAACCACCCAGAACAAGACUCUUCUCUCCCUGCAUCUUCUUCUGGCUACCGCAGGAUCUCCCUCCCUCUUCUCCGCCGCUGCAUCUCCGACCCCUACAACCCUCCGUCUGCGACCACCCCCAACUACGCAUUUGAGCAUUCUCUCUCUGCUGCUCGCUGUGGCGGUUCUUUGUGCAACAUGACUCCGUCCUACUCUCCUGACCGACUCCACUUCCCCAAGACUCCGUUCCAUUCCCCGGCAGCGGUCCUGCCUCCUCUUCCUCCACCGCAGACUCUCCAGCGCUCUGUCUCGGAUCUCAACCCCUCUCCGGCCAAGACCUCCUCCCGCUCCUCCACCUCCUCCCAAGAUUUCCACUUCUCCACCGACAUUGACACCCCCAAUUCUAAGAGGCUGCAGAGGAUGAAGGGCCGAUUGAGAGAGAUGAGCCUGUGGUGCCAGCAACUGAUGCGGGAAGAAGACUUAAUGGAAGAAGAUGAAGAUCACGAGGAGCAAGCGGCCGAAGAAAAAAAAGAAGAAGAAGAAGAAGCGGAAGAAGAACAAGUGCAAACUGUUGAUGCUACUGAUCAAGAUUUUCAUGACAAUGCUACUGCUACUGCUGAGAAUUUACAGGAUGACGGGGGGAAAGAAUUUGCGGAAUCUGUGAGUGUGGAGAAGAAGGAUGACUGCUUGGUAAUUCACUUCAGGUGUCACUGUGACAAAGCGUAUCAGUUCCUUCUCAGUGGAGGUGACUGCUACUACAAGCUCAUGUAGAUAUCCAUCCCAGUUAUCCAACCCACUGGAUAAACCGAGCACUCUUCAUUCUCGGGUUCGGAUUUUUCAUAGACAUAGGUUAAAUUCUUUUCUUGAUACUCAACUCAGUCACCCUCACCUCAUUCUUAGGUUGUUUAAAAUCUUCGUCUUAGAUAGUACCCUUUUCAUAGAUUCUUUUUGGAUGAAGUACUCAGUGCCCUGAUUGGUGUCAGUUUAACGAAUCAUCUGGUUAAGCUGGAUUACCAAUCAAUUGGGCGAACCUUUUUUUUUUACUUUUUCUUCUCCUUUUCAUUGUGAUGAAGUAGAAGGGGUGGAAUACCGCAUUAAUCGCAAGGGCGAAAAGACAUAUGGAAUGUACUUUGUUGCAAUUCUUGGUUGGAAGCAAAUGAAAAAAAAUUCCUAGUUCUCAUGUGAAUGAAUACAUGAUCCUUAUUCUUCGGAUGUCAUGAAAUUUCGCAUGUCAGUAACAUUUUCCUGCUGAUUUCAGUCAUUUUGCAUCUCCCAAUCCUUCAACCGCAUCUGGUCAUUGGAUUGUUUAGAAUUCUGCAUGCAUACUAAGAUCGUCAUAGGUGCUUUUUUGUUAAGCUCGUAAGCAUAUAACCUCCACUUUUCAAUUGAAUUGUAUCAUCGCAAGUUGAAUGAAAUCGCGAGGAAAACAAGUUCCUACUUGUGUUCUGUGAGUUGAAGUCGUCAAAUGGAAUUUUUUGUUGUGUAUUUGAGCUUUUAUGCUCAUAUUUUAUCAAUAUGUGGUGCAAAA